UUUCACUUCAGGUUUAGGGUACUACUAGCAAACUAGAUGCGCUGACUAAUUCGAAUUCCGCGCACAGCAUCGACAUUCAACGCGUUUUCACUGCACUGAUCGAUCCGGGGUGCGGUGCACACCAAGGUCCAAGGCAUAGGUCUAGCUAGCGAGCUAUAAAGACCGCACGGCGGGACCGGACCUCUCACCCUGCGAGACAGCACAGCCCUGAAGCGUCGAUCGAGUUAGUUUUUUGGUGAUUUGCAUUGCGGAUUUGCGGCGAUGGUGGCUAAGGGAAGAGGCGGUGCGGCGGCCACCGCUCUCGUAGCCGGCGUCGUGCUCCUGUGCGUGCUCCUUCCGAUCACCGGCGCGGCCGCGAUGGCGGGGCGGGCGCCGAGGACGUACGUGGUCGGUGAUGACAAAGGCUGGGCUCGCGACCUCAACUCGUGGUGGCCAAACGGAAAGACCUUCUACGCCGGCGACGUGCUCGUGUUCAAGUACGACAAGGAGCUCCACGACGUGACGGUGCUGGGAGGCAAGGGGUACCGGCGGUGCGAGGUGCCGAGGCACAGCAGCAAGAGCUGGGUGAUGCGCACCGGGAACGACCAGGUCACGCUGCGCAGGGGCAACAACUACUUCAUCUGCGGCCUGCCGGGCCACUGCGACAAGAACAUGAAGCUCGCCGUCAAGGCCUGGUAGACCCAUCCAUCCGGCCGCAUCUAAUGCACGUAAGGCGUACAUCAUCAUCAAUCGAUGCUUGCAGUGCAUGCUUCGCUUGCCCGUCAAUAACUGUUCAAGCCUUGCUGGGUUCUCGAGUUAAUUUAUCUGCGUCUUGAGUCGUGGUUCUCACUUGUAUUAGGAGCCUAAUUUAUCGCCGAUCGUGUGUUUCUUAAUUGAGUGUAAACUUGAUGUUUUCUCGAUGUUAUUACUGUGAAAGCUAAGCGCUUGAUCAAUUUACCGGAAUAAUAUGCGGACCGUAUGGUUGAUGUCA